CGGUCCGAUGUUUGAUUUUGAUGAAAAGUCACAACUUUUUCGGUAAAUUUUACAACAAUUAAUGCGAAAAUCAGAAUAAAUGGGUGCAAAUAAAUAACAUUUGUAUUCAAUUUUCUUAUAUCCAUUCACUGCUAAUUUCAAAAUGAUAUCUCGCAAGGGACAAAAAGCGAUCAAUGAAGGUGUCGUAGGUAAAUAUAUAAAAAAGGACACUCCGCCAGAUUUGCCAAUAAUAAAUGUUUGGACAACGGGACAUAACAGGAGGCCUCGCAGCCAACCAUUUGGUUCCAGUGAUACCAGUUCUCAAACCCAUGAAAACAAAUUUGGCAAAGCCCAAACCAUGAGUGGCCAUGCUGGAAAAUAUACACCAAGUGAAUCAGUUCCAAAUUUGGCUCACAGAUUCGCUAGUUUAUCAACAAGUGCCAGUGAUACAGCAAGCACUUCAAGCAACUACAAUUCACAGUUCCAUUUGGAUUCCAACUUGGCAUCACACUCCACCUUGAAUGAUAUUGAUGACUCCUUCAGUAGGCAGACUAGUUACAGAUAUUACAGGCAACAACAACAGGAAGACCCAAUAUAUCAGAAUCAGCAACAGGUUCAGCAACAAAAACAGCAGCAAUAUGGGUCAAGAGAAUCCAGCAUGCCUCGUCUCUCCUCGAAUCUAAGCUUGACGCCGCGUCUGCACCCACCAUCCCCACAUUCUAUUCGCCUUCAUGGCUGUACUGAGACAUAUACAUCAAGCAGUCAAUCAUCACCAAUUUAUUCCAAUUAUGUUAACACAUCCGUAUUACCUUAUCCUAAUAAAGGUCAUGGCAGCAAUAUUAUAUCUACAAGCCAAGGUUCGGAUGAAUGCGAGCUGCCGCUGCCCCCCGGCUGGUCGGCCGACCGCACGCUGCGCGGGCGCCGCUACUACAUGGACCACAACACGCAGACCACGCACUGGACGCACCCGCUCGAGAGCGUGCCUCGGCCCUGGCAGCGGGUGUCUACGCCGCACCACGGAGUUUACUAUUUCAAUGAGAUAACUCAUCAAACUACCUAUGCACACCCCUGUCUGGUUGGUGGAUGUUAUUUGGUCAGCCCUUAUGUUCCUACACUUGUUCCUCAUUAUCUACUUGAAGAAAUACCUCAUUGGCUGAUUGUUUACUCUAAAGCGGAUCAGGAGCUGGAUCACAAGUUACGGUGGAACAUGUUCAGACUCAGUGAGCUGGAUUGCUACUCAGAUAUGCUCACACGCCUCUACAAGCAGGAACUACAACUAAUUGUCAUGAAAUAUGAACAAUACAGAUCAGCUCUACUGCAAGAAAUAGAAAGGAGAAGGCAUGCUAUAACAUACCAUGGACACUAACUUAAAAUUUUUCAUUGUUAAUCAUUUGCCUUAUUCAGCUGUGAUCUAAAUGAAAAGAAUUAUGAAUAUAGAA